UGAUAAUAUUAAACCCGAUUUAAGAGAUGCAUGUUUUGAGUUAACUUUUUUAAUAUCAGAUACAAAUUCUUCAAAAAAUCAUGGUUUAGAAAUAUAUGAAAACUUUUAUACUGGCAUUACCAAAGUAGGCACUUUAGAUAUUCCUUAUUUAGUUAAUUUGCAAAAAAGUUAUAAAUGGUACAAUAAUCAGGAUAUAGAGCGAAAGACUAUCUGUAGAAUUCAAAGUCUUAAUCAUACAAAUGCUGUUUCUCCAAAUAUAAUAAGUAGUCUAAUUGCAAGUUAUACAUCAAAUUGCAGAAUUCGGUGGAAAAAUCGAAGUCGUUUAUCUGUAUUAUCAAAUACAAAUAAAAAAGUUGAUCUAAAUAGAAUAACUGUUGCUAAUGUUAGUGAACAUAAUCCUCUUCACAAGCAUAGUUAUGGAUUUUCUUAUAUUAAUAAUGAACUUUGUCUUGUACAAAUUUUGGCACUAUAUCAGAAGAAUUCUAAUUACCAUUCUUAUAUGUGUGGUGAUGUAGUCAAUAUAGAUUCAUUAUCUUAUUUAUCGGUAAAG